AUGGAAUCAGCUAAUGUGGUUGUAAAUGACACUUCUAUAUUGCAGGUUGAACCUAGGAGUGAAGAGACAGAUAUGGAAACUCACGAAUCUACAGAUGGUACUGAAGCUGACUUCGAGGAUUGUAACCAGCCCAUCAAUCCUGUGAUACGCAGACCUGGUGCAAAACAAGUUCAGAAAGAUCACUCACCCUCAGAUGUUAUGGGAAUGUUAAUGAUAAAUUGA